AUGACCCCUCCUUUGGCCACAGUCACAGCUAGCCUGUCUCUGCAGACCUUUGACAUAAGCAGAAUAGUCAUCAAACCCAAGAUCAUUCUAAUGACCUACCUGACUUUGCACCAGGUUUCUGUGCUCGAGAGGCAGAUAUUUGACUUCCUUGGUUAUCAGUGGGCACCCAUCCUGGCAAAUUUUAUACACAUUAUUAUAGUCAUACUUGGCUUAUUUGGAACCAUCCAGUAUAGACCUCGUUACAUAACAGGAUAUGCUGUCUGGCUGGUCCUUUGGGUUACAUGGAACGUGUUUGUUAUCUGCUUCUAUUUGGAGGCUGGGAACCUUUCAAAGGAAACAGAUCUCAUUCUGACCUUUAAUAUCUCAAUGCAUCGUUCUUGGUGGAUGGAGAAUGGGCCGGGCUGCACCGUGACCUCAGUAACCCCAGCCCCAGACUGGGCACCAGAGGAUCAUCGUUAUAUCACUGUCUCGGGGUGUUUUCUUGAAUAUCAGUACAUAGAAGUGGCUCACAGCUCUCUUCAGAUCUUCCUUGCACUGGCGGGCUUCAUCUAUGCCUGUUAUGUUGUGAAAUGUAUUACUGAAGAAGAGGACAGCUUUGAUUUCAUAGGUGGAUUUGACUCUUACGGCUAUCAAGGUCCACAGAAGACAUCUCAUUUACAGCUACAGCCCAUGUAUAUGUAA